CUUUUGCUGUGUAAUAUCUGAUUGAACGACCUGACUGGUUGAACAAUUUAAGUGUUACUGAAGCUAAAUAUUUAUCUUAGACGCACGUUUUAAUCUCCAUCUGCAAUAUGGAGUACUUAAUUGGGAUUCAGGGACCAGACUUUGUCUUGGUUGCUGCUGAUAAUGUUGCAGCUAGCAGUAUCAUUCAGAUGAAACACGAUUAUGAUAAGAUGUUCAAAUUGAGCGAGAAGAUCCUGCUCCUGUGUGUGGGUGAGGCUGGUGACACAGUUCAGUUUGCAGAGUACAUCCAGAAGAAUGUACAGCUCUACAAAAUGAGGAAUGGGUAUGAGCUCAGUCCAGCAGCUGCAGCAAACUUCACCCGGAAGAACCUGGCAGACUACCUUCGCAGUAGAACCCCGUACCAUGUGAACCUGCUGCUGGCUGGCCAUGAUGAGACAGACGGGCCCAGCCUGUAUUACAUGGAUUAUCUGUCAGCUCUGGCCAAAGCCCCCUUCGCUGCCCACGGUUACGGAGCUUUCCUCACUCUGUCCAUCCUGGACCGCUACUACAGACCAGAUCUGACACGGGAGGAAGCCGUGGACCUCCUUAAGAAAUGUUUAGAGGAGCUAAACAAGCGCUUCAUUCUGAACCUGCCAUCCUUCACUGUUCGUUUGAUUGACAAGGACGGCAUUCACGACAUGGAGAGGCUUCCCCUCGGUCCCCAGUGACCGGCCUCUCUCUCUCUCUUCCUCUCCCUCUCUCCUCUCUUUGCCCAACUCAAUAGGCCUGCUUUUGUACUGCUGAAAUAAUCUUUAUGUUUCAAUAAAACAUUGCCCCGUUGUCACCAUA